AUGUGGAAACAUCGGCCCUCUCCCAGAUCGGAUUACACGUCUGGGAAUGACGAUUCUUCUGGCCCUCACACAUCCGAGCGUGGCAGCAGUGCUCGUCCUAAAAAGAAGUCUCCGCUCCACUUCUUCUCUAAUUCCAAAUCUCGUUCGCCACCUCCUCCACCCCGAACCUUCACCUAUAUACCACUAGAGCGCCCUGGAACAGGCUACUCUGCUCAAACUGCCCGGUCUCGCGCCCCCUCUACCACAGCCAACUCCGUCUAUUCCAGCCAACAAGACCCCGGCUGGCCGUCUGAUUCCCACAACUCGUCGCGCGUGUCCUUCAACUCCAGGUCAGGCAGGCCAAUGGCGGGCUUAAUGGAUGUUGACCGCACUCGGACGCGGAGAGACAGAACGUUCGUCGGCACUGAGUGCGCUAUCUGCGACGAGCCACUGGAACAUACCUUGCGCGGUGAACGUGUUCUCCAAUUCUCCUGCACUCAUGUCUCACAUGAAGCCUGCUUCUACGAAUAUAUUCGCGAAUUCGAGGGCCAGUACUGCCCAACAUGCGAUGCGCCGUUAGGGCUUGAUACGAGCCGUGGGGGAAAUAUGCUGGAUCUCGAGAAGCUCAGCAAUAUUGUCCGCUCUGUGACUAGUGACGCUGCGACUCAUCGAAGUGGCAUGUCUAAUCUUCCUCCCUGGGAACCUGUUCCAGCUCAAGCACGGCGGCUCAGUGAUGCUGGAAGUCAUGCAGGAAGCCGGCCUCAUAACCGUGACAGUCGGGAUACUUACGUCAGACGCGACAGCCGCGACAAUAGCAGCCACCGCGAACGGGUCGAACGUCUGACUAUGGGAUCCCGCCAACAUCACUCGCGGAACGGAAGUGUUGCUGGUUCAUCGGAAUAUAAUGAGUCGCAUCAGCAUGUCGCCAAUGGAAGACGCCAUGAUUACGACGUGCAAGCUAUGGAGUCUGACCUCAGCCCCCGUCCCGCUGUCACGAAGAAUCCCAUCCCGGCGCCAACGGUGACAAUCCGCAGCGAGUUCCCGACGCUUAAUCGCUCACGCCAGCAGCAGUCUUUGACGUGUCUGAUAACGGUGGAAGUGCCUGAGGGCAGCUGGCAGCCCGAUGCAAGCGACCUAACUGCGAAUGGCAAAGACCAGCCCCAAGACGAACCUUACGGCGCAAUGCGUUUUCCCCCAAACCAGGAGCCGAAACCAGUUCCUUAUGAAAGCCAGGAGAACCUGGACGAUCUGGCAGAGGACCUGCGGAACAAGGUGGACAAUUGGCACGGCCUGGAAUUCAACCGAUUCGGAAAGCUCCGCUUGCACGGCCACAUGAGUGUGGGGAAAGACCGUACCUCCUGGCAGGAACUGGAAUGUUAUCUCUUCGGAGAAAUGCUCAUCUGCGUCAAGGAGAAGAAGAACACCCAGCGCCGUCCCUAUGACGAUGAACAGUCCAAGCCGAAGCCAACCCGGUGCACCUUGAAGGGUUCCAUUCUCAUCAAGAAGCACCUGAACAGCAUGGAGGCUGCCGCAGACGAGCCUAUCCUUGCACUGAACCUGUCUGUCAGUGAGCUUCCCUGCUUUUACCUUCGUUUCCCGAACCGCAAUCAGUUAGAACUCUGGCGCCGUUCCCUUCUCGACCUUCAUCCCAUUGAGAGCACGUCUCCAAACAAUGAUUACGACUAUGAUAAUUCUGGCGCAGAGGAGGAGGAAUACCGGAACAACCCAAUUAAACGCCAGGCCUCGAUCAACUCGUCUUACGGGGCAGCCCGAUCAAUCAACACGGCUAUCACAGACUAUACGAGCAUGGGCAACGAGAGCCCAGCGCCAUCCAUCCAUAUUCCUCUCGACCUUGUAGUCGUGAUUCCAGUGUCUUCUUCCAUGCAAGGACUGAAGAUCACGCUCCUUCGAGAUGCACUAAGAUUCCUCGUACAAAGCCUUGGCCCUCGCGACCGUAUGGGACUGGUGACGUUUGGGUCUAGCAGUGGAGGCGUCCCAAUAGUGGGAAUGACCACCAAGUCUUGGGGUGGAUGGCCCAAGAUCCUUGAGUCCAUCAGACCUGUCGGACAGAAGAGUCUUCGUGCAGAUGUGGUCGAGGGUGCUAACGUGGCCAUGGACUUGCUGAUGCAACGAAAGUCGUCGAAUCCCAUCUCUACCAUCCUCCUAAUCAGUGAUACAUCCACCUCCGAUCCCGAUAGCGUCGAUUUUGUUGUGUCCAGGGCUGAAGCUGCCAAGGUUAACAUCCACUCAUUCGGCCUUGGGCUUACCCACAAACCGGACACUAUUAUUGAACUCUCUACUCGGACUAAAGGCUCAUACGUCUACGUGAAGGACUGGAUGAUGCUUCGCGAGUGUGUCGCUGGUUGCUUGGGCGCACUACAAACUACCUCCCACCAGAACGUGAAGCUGAAGCUUCGUCUACCCGAGGGGUCUCCUGCCAAGUUCGUGAAAAUCAGUGGAGCUCUGCAUACCACAAAACGUGCUACUGGCCGUGAUGCGGAGGCAGCUCUGGGAGACUUGCGCUUUGGCGACAAGCGUGACGUUCUGGUCCAGCUUGUUAUUCCUCCUGACAACUCCACGCAAGACACUACGCCUCAAGAUGCCUGGGAGAGCCUGGUGUCAGGACUAGAGGCACUAGGAGGUAUGUCUGAUGGCGAUGACCAGCGUGUGGCGAGCGUUGAGGAGGUCCCCCUGAUCCAGGCAGACCUGACCUAUGGUGACUUCCUGCGGGAAGGCCAUCUUACUCAUUCUCCAAGACCGUCGCUUUUGGCAAUUACUAUGCUUCCACCUAACCCGAAAGCCAAACCUGGUCGCCCGUCUAGCCCACCCAUCCCUCCUCAUCCAUCCAUCGUUCAACGACGCAUGGAGCUUCUGACGUCCGACAUGCUGACGCGGGCCUUGACUUUGGUGUCCCGUGGCCAGCAUGACCGUGCGCAACACUUGUUGACCGAGACUCGCAGUAUCUUGAAAGGCCUGGGCAAGGGUGGUCUUCCCCCUCUGCCCCCGGGCGCCAGGCCAGCGGGUACCAGCGACUCCGGUAGCCGAGCAGACACUCCCACCUCUUCUUCACCCAAGUCGUCUAUGUUUGACGGUCACUCGUCGGCGGCUUCGGAUACGGCGACCAUCACUUCUGUGUCUGCAGUCGAUGGUCAGACCAUAACGGCGUUGGACGCAGAUCUGCAGUCGGCGCUGGAAUGGAUCAACCAUCCUGCGGUAUUCUCCAGAGACUCGCGCAAGGCUGUGUUGCAAGGCAUCGGUGUAAUCUCCUCGCAAAGGGCCUAUACUUUCCGAUCGCCGUCUGAGGCCCACUGGGCCCAGCGUGUGGCAGGUGUGCGACGCCUGACCGAACGAUCCAAGGAAUGGCGCGAGACUGGAGACGACGCGUUGACUGAAGAGUAA